AUGCCUACCGACUGGAAGAGCAUUGAGAGCAUGGAGCGCCUCGUCGCCGCCAUCAUCGCCUCUAGUUGCGGAAAGACCUAUGACGCUAUUGAGAAUCGCACUCGUGUCUACAAAAAGGCCGCACAGACUCUUGUUAAGGAAGCUGAGGACGCCGGCCGCAUGGACAUGAACAUGAAGAAGUCCGCUGCCGUCAAGUCCGGUCGCGUCACCAAGCGCGCCCCAAUGACCCCAUCCAAACUCAAGCGCGCCGUUAACUCUGACGACGAAGACGAUGAGCCCAUGGGCAAUGCUGGCACCACUGCAGGUGCUGCCGACGAGGAAGUCUGA